CUUCUUUCUGGAGGGGCACCUUCAACCAGCUCCGCGGUGCACUGGCAGAGACUUCUCGAGGUUUAAAGAACAAUUGGAAAUAACAGAGUCACACAGACACAAUGUCGUUUCUGACUGUCAGUAGGUUAGCACCUAAACUCCUCAUUUCAAAGAAUGCCACCUCUUUCCUUGUGGCUGCCAGAAAUGCCAGCGCAUCAACAACAAAUCUGAAGGAUAUCCUGGCCGACCUGGUUCCCAAAGAACAGAUCAGGGUCAAGAACUUUAAACAAGAGUAUGGCAAAACCAACAUAGGACAGGUUUCUGUUGACAUGAUCUACGGAGGUAUGAGGGGGAUGAAGGGUCUGGUGUAUGAAACUUCUGUGUUGGAUCCUGAUGAGGGCAUCCGUUUCCGUGGCUACAGCAUUCCAGAGUGUCAGAAGUUGCUGCCUAAAGCUCCCGGAGGUGAAGAGCCGCUGCCCGAAGGUCUCUUCUGGCUGCUUGUCACAGGGCAGGUGCCCACUGAGGAGCAGGUGAACUGGGUGUCCAAAGAGUGGGCAAAGAGAGCAGCACUUCCCUCUCACGUUGUCACCAUGCUGGAUAAUUUCCCCACAAACCUGCACCCCAUGUCUCAGUUCAGUGCUGCCAUCACAGCUCUGAACAGCGAGAGCAGCUUUGCACGGGCAUACUCUGAGGGAGUCCACAAGUCCAAGUACUGGGAGUUUGCCUAUGAAGACUCCAUGGACUUGAUUGCUAAGCUGCCCUGCAUUGCUGCCAAGAUCUACCGCAACCUGUACCGCGAAGGCAGCAGCAUUGGAGCCAUCAACUCAAACCUGGACUGGUCCCACAAUUUUAGCAACAUGCUGGGCUACAGCGACGCUGAGUUCACUGAGCUAAUGAGGCUCUACCUCACCAUCCACAGUGACCACGAAGGAGGCAAUGUCAGUGCGCACACCAGCCACUUGGUGGGUAGUGCGCUGUCUGACCCCUACCUGUCCUUCAGCGCUGCCAUGAAUGGUCUGGCUGGUCCUCUGCAUGGCCUGGCUAAUCAGGAGGUUCUGGUGUGGCUGACUGCCCUGCAGAAGGAGCUGGGUGGAGAGGUGUCUGAUGAGAAGAUGAGGGAUUACAUCUGGAACACUCUGAAGUCUGGAAGGGUUGUGCCAGGCUACGGCCAUGCUGUCCUGAGGAAGACUGACCCACGUUACACCUGUCAGCGUGAGUUUGCCCUGAAACACUUGCCCAACGACCCACUGUUCAAGAUGGUUGCACAGCUUUACAAGAUUGUGCCCAACGUGCUGCUGGAGCAAGGCAAGGCCAAGAACCCCUGGCCCAAUGUGGACGCCCACAGCGGAGUGCUGCUGCAGUAUUAUGGAAUGACUGAGAUGAAUUACUACACUGUGCUGUUCGGUGUGUCCCGAGCCCUCGGUGUGCUGGCUCAGCUGGUGUGGAGUAGAGCCCUGGGCUUCCCCUUGGAGCGCCCCAAGUCCAUGAGCACAGAUGGACUGAUGAAACUGGUGGGAGUCAAGUCGGGGUGAAGAACUGCCUGAAAAGAGCUGGGGGUUAGUGUGAAGGGUGGGAGGAGGUGGAAACAUGAAACAUCAAACGGCAGAGAUAAGUGGUUGACCGCCUGUCAUUUACAACUUGAGGGACUCAAUGGUAUUCAAAGAGACAGUACGCUUUUAAUGUCAUUUCACAAAAGAAGGGCCUUUUUAACCGUCACACCAUGUAGUGUUCGAGUGUUUAGUUUAAAAGACAAGUUUCCCCAUAGUGUCUCCACAUUUGGAAAAUGAGAGGUGAAAACUUCAGAAACAUAGAUGUACCUCAUAGUAGGCUCAAAUGAUGUCCCAUGAUAAGUCUGCUAUCAGUGCUGUGUCUGUCAUUGGGCACUGGGUCUGAACUGAAUAGGCAGUGGCAUUCAAAGGGAAUUGUGGAAGUGAAUAAUGCUUCCUUUGUAUUUGUUUAAUGAUCUCAAAUUAAAUAUGUGACUCAACUGUUGCUGCUUUUGGCUAAUGCAGUGAUUUUCGUUUUAGAGGAUAUCCCAAAGCAAAAGACCCUAUUUCUUCAUUUUAGGCUCCCCACUUGAUCUCAUCCCUCCCAGUCUAUCCAUGUUUCACUCCCAUUUAUGAACACUCCAGUAUACACUCAUGGUAUCGACCAAUAUAAUUAACACGCUGUUCAAGAUAAUAUAUUCCAAAUUGUGAAAAAAGGUUAAAAGAUACUGCCCCUUUAAAUUGUUGGUCCCUCCUUGUUCUGUUUUUUUUUUUUUUUUUUUUUUUUUUUUAAACCAUGACCUGUAUUGCCUCUACGAUCAAAAUAACUUUCUUGUCUCUAUAGAAAAUAUUCGUUCUUCGUGAACAUGCUUUCCUGUUUCUUAAUGGGGAUCUGCUCAAACGGUCUUUUGAAUUGUCGAGAAUUAAGAAUGUACAGUAAUAAUAAAGAUUUGAGCAACGGGUCUUGUAAUUGACAGACUGUAGUAAAUCCUUAAGAGCAAGCUUGAAUAGAAAAGUGGGAUCGGGGGCUUUGUAUUUGUUAAAGUCCUGUCUUAUUUGAGUGUAUGUUUGUGACUUUAUCCCCACGGGAGAGAGCUUUAAACAUCAAUUACUCCAAAAAUGAGCACUUGCUUGAUUGGAUUUCGUAAUUUGUAGAUGUUGUUUGUAUCCCUUUUUACAGGGUUUCUUUGAUGUUGAAAAUGUAUAAAACUAUAAUCUUUGGAUUCUCAUCUUGUGGUUUUAUUUAUACUUUGUGUACAUAGGUAUAUAUAUGUAUAGCUUGAAUGUAUGAGCUCUGUGCGAUCACUUGCUUGUAAUGACCACAAUGAUUACCAUAGUUUACCAACAGUUACGUGUCCAUCACUCAUGUCGAGCCUCACUGGGACAUUCUGACAAAGAACAAAAAGAAGAACUGCAGCUAUCUUGCAUAUACACGAUUUCUUGCCUUGCUCUGUAGGUUUUUCCGGUGUUUCACUUGAAUGUUUCAAGCUUGUUCUUAAGUUGUGGGUUUGUCAACACUCCAUUUGUGUAGUUUAAGUUCUUGCAUCCUUUUUCUUCCUUUUUUAAAGUACACCUGUAGGUCAGUGAUUCACUCGGAUGUUUGAAUCUCUGCUUCCAUCUUCCUUCUGGCUUUUGUCAGGCGUGCUUGUUUUAUUGUAGUUUUUUUUCCUUGUGGGGUGUUAAAGAGUCGUGGUUAUUUUGAUCGUAGAGGAACAUGAUGGUUGUAUAUGAUAACUGGGAGAAUUCAUUGCAGGUGGAUUCAUCAGAGAAACACUUUGGGACUGGAUUGGUCAAAGGGGCAAGAUGAACUUGAGGAAAACCUAACAAGAAAAUAAAUAAAGGUUUUUAUUAACACCUU